AUGGCGGCGAAAUCCGAUGGCGGUGGCGUGGGGGUGGGCUUCGCCCAGCUGCACAACCUGGACGAGGCGGUGGGCAGCGGCGAGGAGGACGGGGAGCCCGGGGGAGGCGGCUGCGGCGGCGGCGACGGCAGCGAGCCCGGCGAGAGCAGCUCGCUGCACAUCUGCCACUGCUGCAACACCUCCUCGUGCUACUGGGGCUGCCGCUCCGCCUGCCUGCGCUCGCUGCUGGGCAAGAAGCCGCGCCGCAGCGCCGCCGCCGCCGACGGGGGGGACCAGCCUCUGCAGCCGCCCGGGGCCGCCGGCCGCCACCCCCCGACGCCCUCGGCCGGCCGACCGCAGCCCGCGUCGCCGCAGGUGGAGCGGCCGUGGCUCGACUGCCUGUGGAUCGUGCUAGCGCUGCUGGUGUUCUUCGGGGACGUGGGUACCGACCUGUGGCUGGCCCUCGACUACUACCGCAAGGGGGACUACGGCUGCUUCGGGCUGACCCUGUUCUUCGUGCUGGUGCCGUCGCUGCUGGUGCAGAGCCUGAGCUUCCGCUGGUUCGUGCAGGACUACACGGGCGGCGGGCUGGGCGCCGUGGAGGGGCUCAGCAGCCGGGGACCCCCAAUGAUGGGGGCCGGCUACGGCCACGGCGCGGCCCGCGGCGGCCCGGGUGCGGGGGGCUCGGCCACCCCGGGGGCGCAGCGUCUGUGCCGCCUCUCCGUGUGGAUCUGGCAGUCGGUCAUCCACCUGCUGCAGAUGGGGCAGGUGUGGAGCUCUAAGCAAAAGGCAUGAGGCCUCAGCUGAAAUGAGGUGGCUUUGAGGUCAUCCGAUUUCUAGACGUGUGCGGUCACCUGGUCCUGAAAGUCCUCUACACAGCAUGGUUUGCAAUUUUUUUUGGUGAUGGCAUGUUCAGAAUCUUGGAUCCCUAAGUUGAAUGUUGGAAAUAUGUAGGAGCCUUGGAAAUUAUGUUGUUUUCCUAUUUUCAUGUUUUGGUAGGUGAAUCAGUAGAUUAAUAAAUGCAUGUGAAGGAACUCUGUACUUGUCAGCUGACAGGGGUGUCUCAGGGUUGUCGCCUGAGUGCUGCGCUCUGGAGACAGUCUGCUCCGGAGGAUCUCUGUGGACCUCUCGUGUUCUGGGCAGUGUGGGCUUCCUCCCGUCAUGCUUUGGUUAGAGCGUUUUCUUUCCCACGUGCCCAGCAACGCGAGCUGCUUAGAUCACAGGGAUUAUUGAUCAGGAGUUAAGAAGAGAAGAAAAAACAGCAAGUGACAGAUGAAAUUCAGUAAUUACAGAAUUUCGACCUGGAGCAUCUCACAAGGUCUGGAUUAGAAUAUAUAGAUUCCUUUUUCUCAAAUAUAUGUGUGGCCAAAUGCUGCCAGUUUUCAAAAUUAGGCAUUAUUGUAGAUCAGAGGUGCUCACAUCGAGGGAAGAAGGCUGUUCGUUUUCACUUCCUCCCUCCCUCCGUCUUGUCAGGUGGGUGAGUUAGUGGGAAGGGGUUGGUGGUCUGGAUAAAGGAGGGAGAAAAGGCCUCAGUUUCCUGGAAGGAUUAAUUUCCCUAAACAACAACAAAAAUCAACAGAGCCUGGCUCCCUUCCAAGUGUGGGCUGCUCUCAUGUAGAAUGUGGGUGGGGAGUAGUCAACCGCCGACAGGUGGAUGUGUGGUAUUGAGUGCAGAUUACAGGGGCUGUAGUCAUUGGUGGUCGGUUGUCCUUGCCUGCCUCCUCUGCACCUGCUGGAAUUCAGAGACUUGAGGAUGCUUAGUUACUUCAGUAACUAACUCAGGGGCUUAGUUACUCAGUGGUCAGUAUGAACACAUCCCUACUCUUUACACCCUCACUGAGGAAUAGCAAUUGUAAAGACCACAGUUAGAACAACUUGGAAGGAUGAAGAACACGCAGGAAACCGCAGAGACUGAAUAGUAGCUCAGGAGAGUUGAUGGCGAGUUUUAUUACUGGUGAGUUGUCCAUUGUUCCUGGAGUCCUUACAUGCUUGCAGCCACAGUUACCCUCGGAUUUCUGUUAGGGGGUUUUCGGAAACUGAAGGGCUGUACUACUGCCACUGGCCCCCUUCUAAUCAAAAGUUAAUUACAUCAUUUCCCCCUUCUUCCUGCCGGCUUUCUCCCUUUUCAUGAAUUAGAUGAUACUUAUUUAGUAGGAAGCACACUGGAAAAUAAUAGGUAGACUGUUUUUGUUACAUACCAAUCUCUGCAUGUGUUGUCUGUUUAGCUGCUUUCUGAUUACAACUGGCUUUUAAAAACUCCUUCUGUGGCCCUUCUCUCAAUAGAAGUUUCCUUUUAGCUAGUUCUAGCCACAGUAUUGAUUGGGCCUGGGUAUCUGAUACACCCAGAAGGAAUUAGCCAGCCAGGAAAAACUUUGUCCCCACCAGAAUAAAUAUUUUAAAGACCUUCUUAGAUUCUGAAAACCAUGAGUCCAAAGGAAAGAGACUUAAAGAGAAAACUCUCUGAGCCUGAUGGUACAGAGUAAGGGUGAGCUACACACUGAACUGCACAGAGUGGAUCUCAGGAAACAGAGUGCUUCCUAGAGGGGAAGAGAGUGCUGGGAUGUCUUGGACAGGAGGCAUUCUGUGUUGUCAUGGGUAGCUUUCAUGAGCAUGCCAUCAUAUUUAAGAAUAGUGAGGCCAGUAUUUGGAAAGAUUGAUGUAUUGCUUUUAAUGGUGAGUUUGAAUUAUUCUGGCAUGUUCUAAAUGUGUUUGUGGCUCGAUGGUUAAUUUAAUUUCAAAUCAAUACCUUAAAUACUAGAGAAAAUACA